AUGUCAUCUUAACAAACACAAAGGGUCAAACAAACAACCAAAACACUCUAUUGCCUAAGAGACGAAUAAAGUUCUAACAUGGAGGGCCUUCAAGUGUUCAUCAACUUCCGUGGAGACGAGCUGCGCUUAAACUUCGUGGACUCUCUCGUGAUUGCUUUGAGAGCAGCGAGAAUCAAACUUUUCAUAGACAGUGACGAGCAGGUGGGCAGAACCUUACGACACUUGCUCGUUAGGAUCGACCAGUCAAAAGUCGCCCUAGCGAUCUUCUCGAAAGAGUACACUACUUCAACUUGGUGCUUGGAUGAGCUGGUAAGGAUCAAGGAACGCAUGGAUGAUGGCAAACUUACAGGGAUUCCUAUCUUCUAUAAGGUGGAUCCUUCCGUUGUGAGCAAUCUUGAAGGCGAUUUUGGUGAUAAAUUCAGGAGACUUCAACGCGAAAAUCAACAUGAUCAAGUAAGAACCCAGAAAUGGAAGGAAGCCUUAACGUAUAUGACCGGAAUAGUAGGUGUGCACUUGCGUGAAGGAAGUGGUCAGACGGAUAAUAGUUUCAUAGAAGCAAUCGUCGCGAGGGUUCAGGCAGUGCUGGCCGAAAACGCUGCUAGUUUCAUGAUCUAUGCAAAGAGAAUCGAGAUUGAACAUGCGGACAAACCCGAAAAUUGGACCUGGAGCUCAAUCCACGAGGCACAAAACGGAAAAGCCAUUGACAUUGCAACAUUGAAAGAAGUUUACUGGAUGAACAUAACAGGAAAUUCUACAACGAGUAAACUGACACCAGAAACAAUGUACAAAGUUGUGUUCGUGGUUAAGUUCGAAGAGGAUGCAAUUGGAUGGCAUAAGCCGGUGAACUUGACUCUGACACUGACCAUGCGCGAUAACACCACGAUUCAGCAGAAGCAGACAUGUUUGUUAGACACCUACGUAGGUGACGAAGAAUGGGUUGACAUCAAGGCCGGAGAAUUUGUGGCACCACCAAAGGAAGCACCCGCCAGGAUAUCUUUCACUAUGUGUCAGCAUGACGACACCGUACGGAAGACCGGACUUGUGGUAAAAGGUGUCGCGUUUCGUGCAGUGGACUAAGAUGCAAAAUCAUGUCUAAUGGAUCUUCAUUCUUUCAUGCUUCUGCUCGAUCUUCAUAAGAUUCACUUUGUCUCUUUUGAGUUGCUCUAUACGAGUCUUUAAUGGUACCUACUGGUAUCUUUUGCUGUUUUUAAUGCUUUGUUGUUGCAUUUGUUUCGUUUUGCUAUGUUGUCAUGUAUUGGACCAUCUCAAA